CUCAGGCCUUCUGCUCUCGCGUAGCCAAAAAAAACAAAACAUGGAGGUCCCCAUAGGCUUUCUGGCUAAGCUAUGGAGCUUUAUCUCAUUCCUUCCGUUCUUCUUCAUUCUACUGAUGCUUGGCAUCCUCAAAGCUGCUGUCAUUGGUCCAGUAGUAGCAGUAAUAAUUUUCGUUGGUAAUUCUGCCGUAAUCGUCGGUCUUUGGCCUGCACAUUUCAUCUGGACUCACUACUGUGUAAUAAAAACCAAGAGACUUGGGCUUGUUCUGAAGGUGUUAGUGUUGCCGUGCCUGCCAGUACCAUUGCUUUUAUGGCCAGUAUUCAGCAUUCUUGGGAGCCUCCUUGUAGGAAUAGGAUAUGGGUAUUUCACUCCACUAAUUGCAACUUUCGAGGCUGUUGGGGAGGGUGUCAUCAACAAGCUUUAUCACUGUUUUGCUGAUGGAUGCAUAGGCACAAUCAAGGGAGCUUGUACAUUGGUGCGGGACUUCACAGACUUUUGCUUUCACUCCUACUUCUCAUUUAUGGAUGACCUGAGUGAAAAAAUAGCGGAGGAUGAGAAGCCAAUGGAUAUCAAGUUAUCAAAACUACCAGGUUGUUUGCUUGUUUGCCUUCUUGCUGUCCCCAUAGAUGUGUUUAUGGUAACUGGCUUGGCAUUAUGGAAAAGUCCCUACAUGUUGUUGAAAGGAUGGCAGCGGCUGUUUCAGGACUUAGUUGGGAGGGAAGGACCUUUCCUAGAGACAGUUUGUGUACCUUUUGCUGGGCUAGCCAUCUUGUUAUGGCCUCUAGCCGUGAUUGGGACAGUGCUUGCUGCAUUCAUCUGCAGCUUCUUUCUAGGACUCUACGCUGGAGUGAUUGUUUAUCAGGAGAAUUCUUUACAGAUGGGACUUGCAUACAUUGUAUCUAUUGUAUCGAUCUUUGAUGAGUACACAAAUGACUUGCUUUAUCUGAGAGAAGGUUCCUAUCUUCCAAGGCCUAAGUACCGGAAAGCUCAAGUUCCUACUGAGAAUAUUGAGAGAGAGAAUCAAACUGAACAGAACAAGAAUGAAAAUGAAAAUGUUCUAUCGGCUGUUAACAGAACUAGGUUGGUUUCGGAACGAACCAAGACAUUGAAAAAGGCUAUCCAGCAGCUAAGACCUAUUCAAAUAUGGGACUGGCUUUUCAGAUCCUGUGAGUUAAAUGGAAGGGUAUUACUUGCUGAGGGUUUGAUCAGUCUCGCAGAUAUAGAGGAAUGCAUAAUCCAAGGAAAUUGCAAGAAACUAAGCAUCAAGUUACCUGCCUGGUGUAUCCUACAGUGUCUGCUAAGAUCUGCAAAAUCUGAUUCGCAUGGAUUGCUUAUAUCUGAUGAGGUGGAGGUAACAAACUUUAACUGGCCGAAGGAUAAAGUGCUGGAUUGGAUUCUCGGACCGCUUUUGAUCAUGAAGGAACAGAUAAAAAGGCUGCAAUUAGAUGAGAAUGAAGAAUCCUGUUUGAUGAAGUUGAUUAUGGUCAGGAAUGGUGACAAGCCAGAGGACUGGGAUGAUAGCGGAUUCUCAUCAGAUGACAACGUAAGAAGAGCUCAAUUGCAAGCAAUAUUUAGAAGGCUGCAGGGAAUUGUUGCUAACAUGUCCCGCAUCCCAAGUUUUCGGCGGCGAUUCAAUAAUUUGAUCAAGACGUUGUAUCUGGAAGCAAUAGAAAGUGGUACCCUGAGUCGGGCUGAAGUGGGUUCAAAGUCUAGGGGCAAGAUCAACAGGUUGAUUGACAGCAGAGAGAUGCAAAAUAGAAAUACAGAAAGUGAAGGUGAAUCAAAUUGGCCCGAGACAGCGGCGGCAUUACAUGGUGGGAGUUCUGUUUAGGAGCAUGAUAUGAGUUUCUGACGAUCAUUUCAUGAGAGUUUUGCUGCAGCAUUUUCUUGUUUAUUAAUGUAGUAGAUCAAUUACUUAGAUGUGUAAAAAAUGGAAACAGCAACAUGUCAGUUUGUUCAUA